AUGGCACCGAAGGACAAGGCGGCGCAGCCCGAACCCCGGGUUUUGCUCGGAAGGCCCAAGAACAACCUCAAAAUGGGACUUGUAGGACUUCCGAACGUCGGGAAGUCUACCACGUUCAACCUGCUUUCCAAGCAGAUGGUCCCGGCGGAGAACUUCCCGUUCUGUACCAUCAAUCCGCACGAGGCUGUUAUAAAUGUGCCUGACGAGCGCUUCAAACACCUGUGCAAGGUGUUCGAACCCAAGAAGGAGAUCGCGGCGUGCCUUUCGAUCUUCGAUAUCGCCGGGCUCGUUAGGGGAGCGCACAAAGGAGAGGGACUGGGAAACGCCUUCCUGUCCCACAUCGACGCCGUCGACGGCAUAUACCACGUGGUCAGGGGGUUCGAGGAUGACGAAAUCGUCCACACCGACGGCGAGGUCAACCCAAUCAACGACCUGGAGACCAUCAACCAGGAGCUGAUUCUGAAGGACUUGGACAAAUGCACCAAGGCACUGGUUGAGAUCGACAAGGUCUACCAGCGCAACAUGAAGGUGAAAUCCAAGAAGGAGGAGCUCGACACCAUGAUGAAGGCUAAGGAGGUGCUGGAGAAAAACCAGUGGAUCUCCCACGCCAACUGGAAGGCGUCCGAGGUUCCCUUUCUCAACGAGUACAACUUCCUUACGGCAAAGCCCGUGGUGUACCUCGUUAACCUGAGCGAGAAGGACUUCGUCAGGCAGAAGAAUAAAUGGCUGGCAAAAAUCGCAAAAUGGGUUGCCGAAAACAACCCCGGCCCAAUCGUGCCCUACAGCGCCCAGUUCGAGCAGGCGCUAGAGGCAUUCGACACCGACGAGGCGCGCGCUGCGUACCUGAAGGACAAAAACGGUGCGACCAGCAAAAUCGACAAGAUCAUCGCCAGUGGGUACUCGUGCCUCAACCUCAUCCACUACUUCACCUGUGGUCCGGACGAGGUCAGGUGCUGGACAAUCCGCAACGGCACCAAGGCGCCACAGGCCGCCGGUGUGAUCCACACGGACUUCGAGCGCGGGUUCAUCUGCGCGGAAACGUACAACUACAAGGACAUCGUCGAGUUCGGUAGCGAAAACGAGGUGAAAGCAAACGGCCGUUACCUCCAAAAAGGAAAGGACUACGUGGUCCAGGACGGUGACAUCAUGUUCUUCAAGUUCAACGUGACCAACAAGAAGUGA